CAACCAUAAGUAUCAAAACAUCCACAGAGCAAAAAUGAGCGGCUCUCGGCUCUUGAAGAAAAUUUUGCAGUUAUUUUUCGUUGCAAAAAUAUAAUUGUGCCUAAAUUAAAUGAGAAAAAAAUAACUACCAAACACGUGUAAAAACUCCAAGUAUUAAUAUAAGUCAUUAAUUUUUUUCGUUAAGCUGAAUACAAAAGUUUAUUCCCUGCAAAAAGUCGCCUUUCCGAUUCAUCAGUGUAGUGUGUCUUGGGGAAAAUUAUAAAAAAAUCAUUUUGAAAGAGGAACACGAAGAAUGAAAAAAUGGUGGAAUUCCUAACAACACCACCAAUCGACACCUGAAGAUGAAAAAACAAGAGUUUACUCAAAUAAUCAAAUCGCAUUGCAAGUUUCUCUCCUACCCAUACUUCUUUUUGGGUGCAAGGAUAAAACGUAUUAGCCUAGUAUACUACUGCAACAGCAAUAACAAUAAAUUAUUGAAAGUGAAAUUUGAAAGUUCUGUGGUAUCGAAGAAAAAUAGAAAUUAAUAGAAAAAUUGAAAAUCGCGUCAAAAGAGAAUCCAUAAAAAUAAGAGGGGUGCCUGACCUCACAUGAAUUGAACACAAGAACAACAAGCCCAAAAGGAGAAGAAAACGUGUAAUAGAAAACGGUUGAGGUUGACGGUUGCUGCUGUUUGCGCUCAUUGCUUCAUCCACUCCACCAUAUAUCAUCUCUCAUUGCGCCAUACUCCUAGUGUGUUCUACUCCUGUUGGUUUUUUUUUUUGCUUUGAAUAACUAUUCCACACGCUCAACAGCAAAACUAUACUGAGCGGGGAGAAGAUCAAUGUUUAUGUUUUGAUAUGUUCAAGUGUUGUGGGCGCAAAAAACAUCUGAAAGCGUAAUAAUUAGUUUUUUUUUGACAACAACGACUACAUAAUGUCCGACCCCAAACGUGUUACAUUGACUACAAUUAGUAGCACAGUGUCAUCGUCUCUAAUGACGGCCGGUUCGUCAAGGUUUGGUGCAGAUUUUUUGGCCCCAGCAGAUAAAAUAGCACCAUCAGCUACAGUAACCAAAAAUGGCAACAAAACACUUCGCUUGAAAGUGGAACUUUUUCAAACAGAUUGUAAUAAAUAUCCUGAAUUUGACUAUGCAAAAUUACUUCACGUGGAAAAGAAAAAGUUAAAAAAACUGAAACAAAAAUCAAAUGGUUUCUCGGACCCCUUUGAGGAGAACGAUGAUGAUGUAGCACGCAUUGCAAAAGAAUUAGAAAGAAAAUAUGGAAAUGCGUACGUAAGUGGAAGAGGAAAAAACAAAAGGGAUGAAAUUGAUAUAGGACUGGGUUACGACGAAUCUGAUUCGUUUAUUGAUAACACAGAAGCGUAUGAUGAAAUGAUACCCGAUGAAGUUGAAACAAUAGAGGGAGGUUUCUACAUCAACUGUGGAGCACUAGAGUUCAAAAAACUUCAUACCGAGUCCACGACAACGAAAACCGAUGAAAUUAUUAAAAUGCCAGAUCGUCCCAGAAAGAGAGUAAUAUCGUCGUCCUCAUCGGAGGAGUCCUCUUCUUCAGACGAUGAAGAUGAGGACGAUGAUGAUGAUUCUGAAGAUGAUGACGAUGAUGAUGAAGACUCGGCUGAAGAAGCUUCUGUAGAAACUACAAAAUCAAAAUCAAGCUCAUCCGCUGCUCCUGCUGCAUCCACUGCUGCAGUAGUUCCUAUAGACAAAAAGACAAAAGCAACCUCAAAUUCGAGCAAAAAGAAAACCAUAGUUACGCCUGCAGAAAAUGGCAAUGCGGCGAAAAAAAGAAAAAUCAAAAACGUUAAAAGUGCCGUUUCGACAGGUUCCUCUUCAAAUUCUCCUAAACCUCCCACUGAUGAUUUGGCUUCAGAUUCUGAGCGUGAACGUAAUGCCAAGAAAAUUGAGAAAACUACCACAGUCAAAGAUAUGCUCAAAGCUCAAAGAGAUAAUUUCCUAAAGUCUCAAACAGGCAACGAUCCGAAAUCAGCUAUAAGCAAGCAAAAAGGUAAGUCUUCAGCAGAGGAAGCGGAAUCUAGCGAAGGAUCGGACGACGACGAUGAUGAUGAUGAUGACGAUGAAAGUGACAACAACAGCGAUUCUAAUCAAAGCGCCUCAAAGGCUAAGAAAGAUAAAAAGUCAGCUUCGAGCAAUGAAGAAAAUCAUGGAAAUGAAAAAAUAAGAUCUGCAGAUACUAAGCUACCCGAAAUGGAGGCGGACGUUUUGGCCAGCAUUAUCGAUUUUCGUGAUGGUUUAAGAUCUAAAAAUCUUACUGGCAAAAAGAUUCAAUUCGAUGAGGCCCUAUCCGAAAGUUUACUCAAAAUUGAUGAUUCUUUGUUGUGCAUUGAUAAAGCGGAUCGCAGCAGUGUAUAUGCUCAUAUGGAGUAUCAACUUUCUUUACCCAAAUACUUCUUCUUCCGUAAAGCGAGACAGCUACGCGAAAGAGAGGAGAAAAUGAAGAGUAAGCGAGCCUUCAACAAACUCCACAAAGCAGUUACAGAAACAAUGCCCGCUGUCAUAGCCAGUUAUGAUGCUGAACUAAGACGUUAUGCCGAAUUACAGGCGGCAAAUGUUAAUUCCGAUCAACCUCCAAAAAUGCCAAAGAAAAAAUUCCCUUGGAAUCCAAAUUUGAGAAAUCUCCUAUAUGAUGUCUAUCAAGUACGAUGGACUUCAUAUCCUGUUUUGGGGAAAAAGAAAGAUACCUUGGAGGAUUUUAUCACCAUCUAUAUGAGCAAAAAGGUUGUGGAAAUAUGGCCAAAGGGUUGGAUGCGCUAUGAGGAAUUACAAAAGGAGAUAGAAAAACGGAAAACGGCAGCUAAAAAGGCUAAAGAGAAGGCCGCCAAAUUGGCCACUGCAUCAACAGCGCCAGCUUCUCUUAAUACUGCAUCUAGCACAACACAGAAUCCAUCCCAAGAAUGUAAUCCACGUUCCAAUACAAACUCUGAUACAGAGUCUGUCGCCAGCAGUAGUGCAUCAUCGGGUUUGAAACGAAAAAAUCCUGAGCCAGGUCCUAGCAAAACAAAACCGAAAGCGGCUAAAUUGAAUGGUGAACAACAAAAGUCCAAGAAUAUUCCUGUUGGCCUGGAUUUGACAUCACCCAAUAAGAAAACGGAUCACAGCAUUAAUCACAUAAUAUCCCCAACUUCAGCUGCCACGAGUACGGCUGCCAUGGCAACUGCUUCUUCAAUAUUUAGUUCAACCGUUGCUGCUCUAUCUCAACCCUUGAAACAUUCCAAUAAUACACAUGUUAUUGAUCUCGACAAUUAUACAUGUCCUAAUGAUAUAAUGCAGCAGGCAGCAGCCGCUAAUGCAGCCCUAGCUUCGUAUGCACUUUCUAAUGCCGCCUCUCUGAAUCACACAACAGCAGCAGCUGCUGCUGCGCCCUCAUCACGGCGAGAAAGCAGCGGGGACUCCGAAAUAGAAAUCGUUGGCUUUUAUCCAGCGACCAAAAAUGCAAAUAGAAAACAAAAGACUAACAGCCGCAGCGGCACUCCAAAUUCGAAUCCAUCUGGAGGCGAAAAGACUUACAAUAACAAUAAUAACAAUAGAAAUUCAAAGAAGUCACUACCCCCAAACUCAACAGUAACUUCGGGAGCUUUGAAUUUGCUUGGCGUUGAGGGUUACAAUAAGAUGGUUAAUGCAUUCAUGGAUUUGGGUGAGCAUUUACAAGUUCAACCAAUUUUAAAAGCGACAGCAGCUCAAAAGUCAACACAACCGCCGUCGUCCUCGUCAUCAGCAAUGCCCUCAAAUAUGCCGCAUCAAUGACCCAAAACACCGUUGAGGAAUCGCACAACGUCGCCAAACGCCUUGGGUUUAAUAUCUACUCCACCACCAUUGCCAACCAAUACGGUGGCAACCACUUCGGCAUUUUACAAUCACGAACAAACAGUAGCAGCGGCCUUAGUAUUAUCCUCAUUGUGUGGAAAUACCUCAACGAUAACAACAACCACCACCGGUACCCGAACACCCUCACUGCCAGCAGUAACUUCAAAUGCAGUAGAGUCGUCGCAAACACCAUCACCAAUUACAACUGCAACAGCCCUACCACUUUGUAACGAUAAAUUAAACUUUAAUAACUUAGCAACACUGCCUUUGUUUCUAACACCUCAGCCGCCAUCAACAAUAUCCAACAAUAGUCACUCCUCCCUUUCCUCACUAGGUGUAAAUAUGAAAGCGUCACUACUGCAGCAAGCAUCUUCACUUUCCAUGUCCAGCGGAUUUCUGGGACAAAACCCCUUCCUACUCCCCGCAUUAGCAUCCACAGCAACAUCAUCAUCAAAUGCUUCAUCCUCAUCGAAAUAUGAUCGUCAUGCAAGAUCAACAAAUUCCUCCAGCCAAAAUACUUCUUCCUCAACUGCAGCAUCAUCAUUAUCAUCAUCAUCGACAUCCGGCAACCAUCGUCAGGCAAAAAAAUAAUAUUGUCUUCUUUAUAUUGUUCACAUCUCGAUUGUUGUACGAUCAUUUUUAUUUUUUACCAGUGUAAAGUAUGUUUCACCUUUUUUUUGUUAUUAUACCCGUCGUUUUGUGAGUUCCCUAUUUUUUAUUUCUCAUCAAAAUUAGAGGAAAAAACAAAUUUAAUGUUAUUUCUUUAAGAAAACGUAUCAGUAAAUUAUAAUUUUUUCUAAAAUAAACAGAAAAUAUUUAAUUAAGAGCAAACAGAGAA